AAAAAAAAGGUGCCAAUUGCCAACUUUAGAAACAUGGUCUACUUGAAAAAAAUCAAGAAUUGAAGAUCAAAUGCCAUAUAGUUUCUCCAUAGUUUGAGUUUGAUCACCGUCUUCUGGUCCACACACCAAAGAUUUUUGUUUCUCUCCAAUCUUAAUCCGAUCCAAUUAUUCCUCGGACCCCACUCGUCUCUUAUCCCUUCCCUUCCUUCCCCCAAGCCAAAACUAAUAUCUUAAAGAAGUCCUCGUCUUUUUGACUCUCAAGUUCCUUCAGGCGACUUCAUCAAUGGGUGUCGCUUGUUUGCAUAACAAAUUCAAUUUUGUUACUUUACCUCAUCUUUCACUUCCAUUCUCCAAGAACCCUAACCCCAGAAUCUUUCCUAGAAAAAAGAACAAUCUUUUUCUGGCUUCGGCUUCUGAUACCCAUGUGGCUGAUUCAGGAAAGAAACUUAGCAGCAAGAAAGAUGAUGAAUUCGGGGACUUGAAAUGUUGGAUGCACAAAAACGGCUUGCCUUCUUGUAAAGUUGUGCUGAAAGAGAGGCCUUCGCAUGAUGAGAAACAUAGGCCUAUACAUUAUAUCGCUGCCAGUGAGGAUCUUCAGGCGGGUGAUGUGGCCUUUUCGGUGCCGAAUUCAUUGGUUGUAACGCUUGAGAGAGUGCUGGGAAACGAGACUGUUGCGGAACUUUUGACAACAAACAAGUUGUCUGAAUUGGCAUGCUUAGCUUUGUACUUAAUGUAUGAGAAGAAGCAAGGAAAGGAAUCAUUCUGGUAUCCAUAUAUUAGAGAGCUUGAUCGACAACGAGGAAGGGGCCAGCUGGCUGUGGAAUCUCCACUUUUAUGGUCAAAAGAUGAAUUGGCUUACCUAACAGGUAGCCCAACUAAGGCUGAAGUUCUUGAAAGGGCUGAAGGAAUAAAAAGAGAGUAUAAUGAGCUUGAUACUGUCUGGUUUAUGGCUGGGUCUCUCUUUCAGCAAUAUCCCUAUGAUAUACCUACUGAGGUCUUUCCAUUUGAGAUUUUCAAACAAGCUUUUGUUGCUGUUCAGUCUUGUGUGGUGCAUUUACAGAAAGUACCUUUGGCUCGAAGAUUUGCAUUGGUUCCUCUUGGGCCCCCAUUGCUAGCCUACAGUAGCAAUUGCAAGGCAAUGUUAAGUGCCAUUGGUGGUUCUGUUGAACUAGUGGUUGAUCGCCCAUAUAAGGCUGGGGAACCCAUUGUUGUCUGGUGUGGACCACAGCCUAAUUCGAAACUGCUUAUAAACUAUGGUUUUGUUGAUAAUGAUAGUUCUUAUGAUCGCCUGGUUGUUGAGGCAGCUUUGAAUACUGAGGAUCCUCAAUAUCAGGAUAAGAGACUGGUUGUUCAAAGAAAUGGAAAGCUAUCAGUACAAGUUUUUCAUGUUUAUGCAGGGAAGGAAAAAGAAGCUGUUUCGGAUAUGCUACCAUAUUUGCGAUUGGGAUAUGUUUCAGAACCCUCUGAAAUGCAAUCUGUUCUUUCUUCUCAAGGUCCAGUCUGCCCGGUGAGCCCAUGUAUGGAACGAGCAGUGCUAGACCAGCUUGCUUAUUAUUUCAAUAGACGCCUGGCUAUCUACCCUACGACACUGAAUGAAGAUGAGUCAUUGUUGUCAGAUCCAAACUUGAAUCCCAGGAGACGAGUUGCCACUCAGCUUGUUAGGUUGGAAAAGAAAAUUCUCCAUGCAUGUUUGCAGGCAACAAAUGAUCUGAUAGACCAAUUACCUGAUCACACUGUGUCUCCUUGCCCUGCACCUUAUGCCCCCUUGUUGAAAUGAAAGGUAGAUUUAAGAAUUGGCAACUCUUUAGGAACAAUAUGGAAUAUGGGAAGUUUGUUGCUGGAUCUAAUAGGGUUUUAAGAGAGAGAGAAUCAUGGUUGCUCUUUUCCAAGUUAUUGGAUGCCAUGAUGUGCCUUUAGCGAUUGGUUCUUCAACAUACAUUAACACAUGUUCUUCUUCUUCUUCUUCUUCCUUCUCGCAUACCUUCUUUCUCUCUUAUUUUCUCCACGUGUCUAGCUGUAGUCUUGUAAAGAAGAGAAAGAAUAUCAGAAUUUUUACCUACCGAGUGCAUAGAUAAUUUUGGCUGCUAAUGAAUUUUGGCCAUUCCUUGUAAAUGCAGGUAUGGAUGAUUGUUUUUUAAUUGAACCUGAUUUAUUUCAUUUGUGUAA